CAAUUCCCAGGGUGCUCCUGGAGCAGAUUGUGCUGUGUAGCGGCUGUUUCAGCUUCGGCCAAGGUUCGGUCCUGAACCUGUAAAAUGCAGCUGGCGCCCCAGGAAGGGUCCUCUUCGUGGAAGAGGGCCGGGCGGAAUCGCUGGAAACAAUUUACAAGGAAGCCAAAUCCCAAGCCUGCUUCUGACCCUGACAAUGUGGAACAUUGGAUUAAGAAAGUGGAGAGAGCUUCAGAAUUUGGAGUUUCGAAAGCAUUUUCUGCUGGAAAUUCUGACUUAUUCAGAAGGCUUUGGAGCCAAAAUAUAGAUUUGGAAACAUCUGAGCAAAUAGAGGAUCAUGAUGAAGUCUAUGCAGAAGCUCAGGAGCUGGUCAGUGAGUGGUUAGACACCAAACUUAAACAAGAACUAGCAAGUGACGGGGAAGCUGAAGACACUGUGUCAAGUAUCCCUCCUGUGUUAGAAGCCGGUGAUCAUUUCAAACAUGACAAGUUUGAUGAUUUCUGUGGCUAUUUGGAGGAAGAAGAGGAAAGUACCACGGUUCAAAAAUUUAUAGACCAUCUGCUCCAUAAAGAUGUGGUGGGUUCUGGGAUGUUGGAAGAUCUUGGAAUGAAUGGAAAGCAAGACAAGAAGCAGCAGAAGGAUCCUCGUCUUACCAUGGAGAUAAGACAUAAGCAGGUAAAAGAAAAUCGCUUAAGACGGGAGAAAGAAUUGGAGCGCCAGAGAAUUGAAAAGACCCUGAAAAAAUCAGCCUUCUUAGAGGCUCAGUAUCUGGUACAGGAAGAGAAGAAAAGGAAGGCUCUGGAGGCCAAGAAAGAGGAGGAGGAGAUUCAAAGGGAGAUGGUAAAGCUGCGGAGAGAGAUAAUUGAGAGGAGGCGCACCGUGGAAGAAGCUUGGAAAAUAGAAAAGAAAAAGCAAGAAGAAAGUUCUCCAAAACAUCCAGAAAAAGGCGCGUUUCAUCAUGAUCAUAUUCUUCAGGAGGAAGAAAAAUUGGCAAAAGAAAGAAAGAAGGAAUUGAAAGAGUUACUAAUUCAAACUUACAAGGAAAAUCACCAGUGUCAAAAACGCUACUUCUCUGCCUGGCACAAGCUGCUUCUUGAUCACCGGAUUAAACUGGGGAAGGCUGGGACCCUUUCUGACUGGAAGUUUCAGCUGAAGGUCCUGAGGGUCUGGAGAGACUACACGCGAUCUCAGAGGCUGCAGCGAGAGACACGAGCCAUGGAGAAUGACCUUAGGGAAGAAAACAGAAAACACCAAGUAGCUGCUGAGUACAAUCGGAAACAAGUUCUCCGACACCACUUUACCGAAUGGCAGCAUUGGCAUCGUGCAGAGAUCCUGAAGAGAGAGCUGGCUCUAACAAAGGGGGAAACAAGGAAGAAAAUGAACGAGUUGUUGAUGGCAGUAUCACUAGGGAAACUCAGUGCGAACCGGUCAUCAGGCAUCAGUCCCCUUGAGGAGGGAACAGCUGUGGAGGAGCCACCUAUAGGAGAGGUGACUGCAGUACCCCUUUUGUGGGAAAAGCCUCCCUCAGGGAGCAGUGGUUGUGUGCCUAGCCCCCACCUAGGCAAACCAACAGACAGCAUCUCGCAAGUUUCCCUCCAGAAUGUCCCUCUGAACACAUCUGACAACAAGCUUCACAAAACCCUGCAUGUCGAGCCCUCCCCACAGCCUGACAGCAACGAGAAGCUCAGAACCACCAGCCAGAAAGCAAAACCCAUUUGCAUGAGUCAUUUCCACAGCCGCCAUGCCUUCCAGCAACAGCUGAUUGAGAAGCAAAAGAAGAAACUUCAAGAACAGCACAAAACGAUUCUGGAGCUGAAGGAAAGCCAGAGGCUGGCGAAGGCUCGGUGGGCAGCAGAGCGUGACGCAGCAGUGAUUGACGCACAGAGCUGCCUGCGGUCAAACUGCAAAGAAGAACCAAAGAGAACCCACAAGGCACUUUCAAAUUCGUCUGUUGCUUCCCCUGGGACUGAAGGUAGUAGAAGUAACUCCCAAAAUGAUCUUUCUGGACCCAGAAGAAGCCCCAAGAAGCUGAUGACACCCCAUCCCAUUCUUAAAGGCAGAGCUGUCUUGGUUUGGCCUUUGUGGUGGUUAUCUUCCCUGUGGGCCAUGGAAGAGAGAGCAGCUCAGCGAGCUGAACGUAGGCGGAUCUUGGCAGAGAAGAAGAAAAAACAAGAAGAAGAUAAACUGGCCCAGUUAAAGGCCCAAGAGGAGGAGCGUCAGAAGAGAGAGGCAGAAGAAAAGGAGGCAGAGCUUGAGAAAAAACGAGAAGAGAGGAGACUGAAGAAAAUGAGAGAACUAGAGAAGCACAGAAGAAUUAAGAGGAACCAGCAGCUGGAAGCAGUAGCCAGAGAUCAUUAUGAAAGUGUGUUGCUAAGGAAAAAGGGUCUGGAGCCUUGGAAGAGAUUGAGAAUUCAAAGCAAGCAAAACAUGCAGGUGGCCAAAGAACAUCACUCUUUGGCCCUACAGAGGAAAUGUCUGCUCGCCUGGUUGCAGCUUAGUCAGGAAAGCCUGGUGAAGAAGACGGCCCAGGCCACUCAGUUUCAUGCACAGACCUUGCUUAGGAGAGUCAUCCGGAGCUGGCUGCAGUACCUGACUGACCUGGAAGAAGAAAUACAAAAACUGUGCACACAUUUUCUGCAAAAGAAGAUUUUCGGGGCCUGGUUUAACAUGGUCAGGGAGGCGAAGAUUGAUUCGCAGAGCAAGCACAAGAUUGCGGCAGAGCAUAGUGACAGGAGGAUUCUCUGGAUCACACUUCAGACAUGGGAGAAGUUUGUACAAUUCAUGAAAGAAGAAAGAGUAAGAGAAGAAAGGCGACAGCAACUCCGUAAGAAGGUAGCCGAAAUUCUGCCCGACUUCCAGGUGCCGGCCCUGCGGUGACUCCUGGCCGUGCUGGCACGCACACAGCACUCGUGUCGGGGUCCUUGGUGUGGGGAGCACCAGCCUGCACACUGAGGACAGAGUGUCCAUCGGUCCACGGCACAUCCUGUCACUCCCACCCACGCACAUACACACGCAUCUAGCUGCUUAUUGUUCUAUCAGAUACGCUUGGACCACAGGGAUUAUUUUUGAAUUUGCACUUCCUUCUUUUAUUUCUCUUGGGCUGCUAAUCAGUUCACUAAAGCAUUUAUCACAGCAGGAUCAUCCAAAGGAACUGUUCCUAUUCUACUGUUCAAAUGCAUCGUAUAUAUUUUUAGCAUCAUAAACUUUACAAAGGACGGCUGUUGGCUUGCCUGAGUUUGUGGGGGAAAAUGUGUCCUUAUAGUUUAACAUGUCUCAUUGACAAAUGUAAUUUUAAUUAAUAGAAAUUGAAAGUAGUGAGUAUAUAGAAAAGGAGUCAUACACGGUCAGGCACCUAAUACCUUCGGAUCAGCAACAGGCAUUCUGCCAGCCUCCAUCCUUUUUGCCCACCCCAAUGGAAAACUGCGUAUCAAAAGGCACUCUAUGCGGCUGCUGCAAGGGUAACAGUGUCUCCUAAUUUCAGAGAAAUUGGGGCACCAAAAAACUGCUUUUCUACGUACCUAAUAAGCAGCAAGAGAAGGCCAGCGAUUUGUUAAACUGUCUGUUCGUACCCCCAGUUCCAACUUCUAAAUAAUACUUGAUCUGGCCUAGACCUCAGCUCAGCUUAAUCUGCCUGUCAAGAUAUUUAUCUUGAAUUCAAAGAAUGUUUUAAUCUUUAAGAUGCUAAACACUGUAAAGACAUUCCCUUCUGUGAACUGAAUCAUCUGCUUGAAAAAAAUUUUCAUUGCAAAACACAUUUAUUCCAACAAUUUCAAGUUGUAGAUAAAUGCACACAGUAAAAUGAGAAAGUCCCUUGCAGCCCUGAGGCCACUAUUAUUUAGUAAAUUGAAAAUAUGAGUUGAUAAAUUCUGUGUUCAGUAAAUUCUGUUCUUGUCUCUUAUUUGCUAGAAGGGAUGUCUAGCUAUACCACCAGCAAGAUGACUUCUGUCCUUUUUUCUAGGUAAGAUGUGUGAUUUACUCAGAUAUGACAAAAUACCCUACAUUGAACUUUAUUUCCUCUGCAAUAUCCCUAUCCCCACACCUUUUCCUUUAAUAUGAUUAUACAGUUGUCAUCUAAGAACUCUUUUUAAGACUAACAGCCACUGAAGAAAAUGGGACUAAAAGUAACUCUUUAAUCUUUCCAUCUAACCCACUGUUUAUACUUAAUUGUAUAUAGUACAGUUAUGGAAUAUUGGCUGAUAUUAGCACCCAGAACUCCAAUACCAAUUUUAUUUUAGUACCAAGACUCAUAAACCUUAAGUUUUCUCUUAAUUCACCUCAAGCAUCAUUUAGAAAUUGAGUCUUUAAGCAGCCCAUAUUGAUUGAACCAGUGAGAACUUUUUAACCUACUUACAGAACCUUCUAAAGAGACAUAAGGAAAAAACUUAGUAAGUGACCUCUUUCUUGCUGGGCUAUCUUAAAGAUACGAUUUGAAAUGUCACUGCUAACAAAAUGCCCAAUAAGCAGUAUCUGGCCUGCAAAACUGGAAAAGUCAUCACCAGGAAAUGAGUUUUAGGUGCACAGGCUGGGGACCUCCAGGGGCCAGAGAGAGGGGCCCAGCUACAACACAAGCUUUUCUGAAAGCAAAGGCGUUCAGGAGACACACCAAGAAACACCAAGUAGUUUCAUUGAAGAAAGCACUUU